AAGGAUUUUAUUCAGAGUUAAUCGAUUCAAGUAAGAAAAAGACCGUUCAAAUGGUCCUCAUAAUAUUUCAUCACAUUGUAUCCUUGGUACUCUUUUUCGGAUCGUAUAUGUCUCGGGCCCAUGACGUGGGGAUUGUGAUGGCAUUCCUGCACGAUAUCAACGAUAUAUUCUUGGAUUGUCCCAAACUGUGUCAUGCAUUGCUUGUAUUACCCAUCACUUGGAUCGUCAGCCGAUUGUAUUACUUUCCCCUCAAUGCCAUAUACAGGGCUCUGUUGAACAUACCUUGCACAUAUUCUCUGAUUGCAGUGCUCUAUAUUUCUAUGCAACUGAUUAUGGUUACGAAUGUCAUUUGGACGGUGACUAUUACUGGCAAAGAGAUUGAGGAUCCAGUGACUGAAUCCGUUGAGAAAAAUGAAUAA